AUGACAACCCCAGUCUCGGGGUCUUCACUCCCUCAGACCCGAGACGUACAUCAACACAAUCAUUUUCACAAUUCCAGAGAAAGCCACCACCACCAUCAUUACCACCACCGUACUCACCACACCCACCACGCUCGUUCUCAAAACAGUAACAAAAGGGGCCACAAACGCACCGAUUCGGAACCCACUAUAAUCGUCACGACCGUUUCCGUUCUUGAGCUUAUCGAUUCCGCCGGUGUCCCAAUUACUACCCAGACCCUCACGCCAUCCCAAUCGACACCACCUGCGUCGUCCAGCUAUAAUAUCACUAGCUCCGAACCCGACGUUAGUGUCGACCCGACGAGCACAACAAGUUCAAGUUCAAGUUCGAGUUUGACUUCGACUUCGACUUCGAGUUCUGCUCUAGGUUUACCUACUUCUUCCCCGGGAACCAGCGACGAUGAAGGCGACAGCCUCUCUUCGACUUCCAUCCCCACGAUAGACCCGACCGUAGCACCGUCGGAGUCUUCGAUGCCUACUAUCUUUCCCACAUUAUCUUAUUCGCCUUUGACGUCCACUCCUUUAUCAGGCUCUCCCGUUUUCCCAUCCUUGGCUGGCGUGACUAACACAACCCAAUCUUCUUCGUCCACUCUUUCUCCCAAUAGUACUAGUUCUACUUUGCUACCUUCAUUUUCCAUCGAGGGGUUUAAUUCCUCGUCGUCUGAGUCAUCAGCUAGUACUGUACUAUCGUCUGAUUCUGAUUCUUCUACUGCUACUACUACUACUACUUCUUCUUCCUCCUCGCCAACGACUACCACUCGCUCCAACCCCACAUCGACUACUAUUGGUUCUUGGGGAGUACCUACCCAAACGGGAGACGGUACUGUUGGCGUUGGCAAUGCACAACCAUCAUCUUCGAGCGCCGUAGCGACCGAUGACGACUCCGUUUCAAAUGGACCCGAGGCGGCCACGGUCGCAGGAAGCGUUCUAGGAGGUGUGGCUGCACUUGCAGGUAUUUUGAUUCUUGCUCUCUUCCUUCUUCGAUGGAAGAAACGCCAGAACACCAUUAAGCUCAUGCGAGGCUCCACGAGUGAACGAGGCCCCGGCGGCGGUUUGGUUGGAAAUUCCGGUCCCGGCGGAGGAGGAGAGGGCGGUAUGUCUGAAACACGACGGCGUUCGGUUCCCUUUGCAAUUCCCGCGGCUCUCGCCAGCUUGACUGGGUAUAAACACUUCUCCGGACGUAGUGCCGCCUCUUCGGAUGGGGGCGAACGAGGAUUUUCUAAGGUUUCUGGGAGGAAAUUACCUCCGGUUAUUCAGUUCGGCGGGGAUGGUUAUUCGGAUCCCCGGGAUACUAUCCUAAGUGAUCAGUCCAUUGAUUAUCGAGACUCGGCCUUCCCUGGAUUAGGCGGUGGGCUCGCACCGACUAGGCUAGCUGUGGGUGCCCCGAUGCGGCCGGAAAGCGGAAUCCCGGUCUUCAACCCGGGGCCGGCCCGCACCCCAAAGACGGAGCAGGUACCUUUCAGUCCUGUUUCAGAACUUGAGCCUCCUCGAGAUCCACUUGGACGAUCCCACCCUUCUCACGAUGGGUCGAGUCGUUCCCACGGUUCAGCUUCCCGGUUUACCGAGGAGUUAUGA